AUCUCCGAUUCUGAUAUGAGAAAGAAAGAAGCAGGAGACGAACCUAAAUCCCUCUGAAAUUUCAGCUAGAUUCCUGGAAAAUAUACCGGAAGGAAAGUCACUGUUCAUCUCUUAUGCGGCUUGCGAUCGAUUUGGUAGAUUCAGCUUGAAUUCGAGUAGGUUAUCGGAUGAAUAAUCCGAAUUUUAUUGCGUUAUGUGGUUUACUGUUAGAUUAGUAUUCUUUUCCUGUAUCUAAAUGAAUGUUUUUGAUGAAUUUUUAAGUUAAUAAUAAUUGAUUUUUCAGGUGAAAUCGGUUUGCUCUUCGUACUUAGCUUUUGGUGAAGAUUUAUGUUUGAUCAGUUUCCUUUUGCUGUUGUUCGUGCGUUGAGUUUGAUGUUCAUUGGCUGAUAUUUUGCAAUUAUUGCUGUAGUGUUUUUGUAUAGUUAUAUUUGCAACUUAUUGAACAGUAUUGCUUUAUUAUGCAGGAAAAACUUUUGAGAUUGUAGUGUUCUUUGAGUGAAAUAUAUAUAAAGUGUGAAGUUUGAGGUGUUAGCAAUGCCUCGGGACUUGUCACGAUCACAAUCACGCUCGCCUUCAUAUAGGAGAAGGCGUUCGCCAUCUCCAGUAGGGCAUAGGUAUAGCAGGAGGAGCCGAAGCCGAAGGGAUAGAAGCAGAUCGCCAUAUUCAUCUUAUUCUUAUAGCAGAAGGAAGAGUCGUUCUGUUACUCCACGGCGUCGCAAAAGUCGUUCUCCAUCCGUAAGACGUCGUAAAAGUCGUUCUCCAACUCCGAGGCGUUAUAAGAGGCAAAGAAGUAGGAGUUCUUCAUUGACUCCUAUUCAUAAAUCCUCUAGUCCAAGUCUUGGAUCAAUAGAGCAGAAAAACGCUGCAGAAAAAUUGAAAAAAGAAGAAGAGAAGAGAAGGUAUAUCUAUUUAGUACUGUACUUUUCCUUUUCACCUUUCUUCUAGGUCACCUCUUUGUCUUAAGCUUUUCUUUCUUUCUCCUUUUCUGUUCCACGUUUCCAAUAACAAUAUAUUGGAGCAUUCAGGAAGGGAAAUUUUAGAAGUUUUCUGCUUUUCCUUAUGAUAAUGUGAUAGACUGCUGCAUUUUUAGUUUCAAACUGUAGUAUUUCUGCAUUAUCAUUUGAACAUGAUUAUGAAUAACUGAACUGAUUAGAUGUUAAGUUUUUCUUGCAUUGCUGCAGAAUUUAUAUUGGAAUUUAAAAGUUGGUUUAUUGAGUUGAAAUUCCUAAAUGAGAUAUUAGAAUAUGAUAUUGUAAGAGCAGCCACAUGGGCAAUAGUUAUCAGUCUCUCAUGAGGGGGGCAAAAUUAAGUUUGAAAAACUAUGUUUUAACUUCAAAUUUUUUGUAUGGCAUUAAUCAUUUCAAAGGAUCUGUUGUGGCCACUUAGCGUUAUCUGUCAGAUUUGCAUUAGUGGGUGCUGAUACAGUGUGGAAAACGUGAAUUUAUGAUGUUAAGCUUUUCCUAGGAUGCACCUGCCCUCAGCUAACAUCUAUAACUCAGCCAAUCUGUGCGAGUGGCAGCCCUUGUGCUCCCUUUGCUUACUCUUGUUUUUCUUCGUGUAUAUGCUCAUCAUUAAAUUAAUGAAUUAGUU